UUACCACUGAAUAUAUCUUUGCUUAGUUAAUCUUAAGUUAAUUUUAAGCCUGCCCAUAAUGCUCUGCAUACAAGGGGCUUUGGCAUGUUACACUUAACCACUGUAUUUCCUUGUACUUCUAUGUAUCAUGUUCAAAUAAAUAAAUAUUUUAUUUAUAAUGAGUUCUUAUCCACAGGGUACACCAAUUCUAAUCAUUGGACAUCAUAUCUUAUAUGGCAAAGUGCAAGAUCUUGAAAAGCCACUUGCAGUUAUGAGAAAGACUUGGGUUUCCAGCAAUGACACCAGUGGUAUGGAUAUUGAUGAACUAGACAGUUUGCAAGAUGGCCAUAGACAGCAGUCUGUGGAGUACACUAUCAAGGCAAUUAUUAGGAAAAAGCUUCUCUUUAAAACAAGGCCAAAACCAAUCAUAGCAAGUACUCAAAAUGCAAAUCAAAAUUAA